UGUGAUGCUCCCUGACUAAUAUAUACUAAAUAUUGCUCAGCUUCACAAAGCAAAUAAACUGGGAGUAAGUACAUUCAAUUCUUAUCUCUUGCCUAAUGUCUCCCGUAACUCUCAUAAUCGUGGGCUUUGCAGGUAUCUUAUUUGUGAUAUUUUGUAUUUUGGUAUGGCUCCAGCCCAACUGCAAAUCAAUACCUGCUGGAAUACUUACUCCAGACUCAAAGUUUAUGUCACUUACUAUGGAUAAAUUUCUGAACGAGAUGGAAAGGAUGAAGCCUAUCCGAUUUACAAAUCAGCAUCUAAGAAUUGCAACUGAUAACUUCACUUACUUGUUGGGGUCAGGAGGUUUUGGAGCAGUCUAUAAGGGAGUUUUUAGCGACGGAACAAUUGUAGCUGUGAAGGUUCUACAUGGGAAUUCUGACAAGAUAAUUGAGGAGCAGUUUAUGGCAGAAGUGGGGACAGUUGGCAAUGUUCACCAUUUCAAUCUGGUUCGGCUCUAUGGAUUUUGCUUUGGCAGAAACAUGAGAGCUCUGGUUUAUGAGUACAUGGGGAAUGGCUCUCUUGACAAGUAUCUGUUUGAUGAAAAUAGGACCAUAGAAUUUGAAAAGCUUCAUGAGAUUGCAAUUGGGACAGCCAAAGGCCUUGCUUACUUGCAUGAAGAAUGCCAACAAAGAAUAAUCCACUAUGACAUCAAACCAGGAAAUAUUCUCUUGGACAGGAACCUCAAUCCUAAAGUAGCUGAUUUUGGUUUAGCCAAAGUUUGCAACAGGAAAAAUACUCAUAUAACCCUGACUAGGGGUAGGGGAACUCCUGGUUAUGCUGCCCCUGAGCUUUGGAUGCCAAAUUUUCCUAUAACUCAUAAAUGUGAUGUUUAUAGCUUUGGCAUGCUAGUAUUUGAAAUCCUAGGCAGGAGAAGAAACCUUGACAUAGACCAUGCUGAAAGCCAGGAAUGGUUUCCUGUAUGGGUUUGGAAAAGAUUUGAGGCUGAAGAAGCAAAGGAAUUAAUUGUAGCGUGUGGGAUAGAGGAUCAAAACAGAGAGAUUGCUGAAAGAAUGGUUAAGGUUGCUCUAUUAUGUGUUCAGUAUAGGCAAGAAUCAAGACCUAUAAUGAGUGUUGUGGUGAAAAUGUUGGAGGGUUCAAUUGAAAUUCCAAAACCUCUAAACCCAUUUCAGCACAUGAUUGAUGGGACUGUUCCACUCCCAGCAUCACAGACCAACACUGAUACAAGUGCUGGUUCAGUUUCUUCUGUGAUGGUAACUGAAUCCAGCCUUCAAUCUGCUCCUCCUAUUGUGACGAAGCUCGAGAUUGAAUCAGCUUCUACCUAAAAUUUAUUCAAUGACGCAAAAGAUCCAUCAAUGCAAGUUGUUGGUAUUGUGGCAAAAUUGACUUUAUUUUAAUUUUGUGGAAAGGUAAGUGUUCGCAAUCAAGGUUCAGUUUGUUAGUUUACUGUUCGUAGUCAUGUAUUUGAUGGUUUUUUUGUGUGCUGAGAUAUAUUUGUAAAUGAAAUAAGAUAUAUUGUUAAGGAGCUUCGUUGAUAUUGUGUUCAUGGUCA